AUGGACACUACCAUUCCUGUUCUCGCUCCCAAAUCGGUAAAUCUCAGCAUUGACACCGACCCUGGGAGUAGCAAGACUGACAACCAUUCGGAAUCUGGUGGGGAUAGCACUGACGAUGGUAGUCGCAGCACCGACAGUAACACCACCAACACCAACGCUAGCAUACAUGCCAGCAUCGACACCGACACAGACAGCAUCUCGAAACCUGCCAGUCCGAGCAUUGGUUAUGGCUCAAAGGUGACGGAGCCUCCCGUCGGAAAUGACAACGUAGCUAGCGAUGUUGUCGGGACUGUCAAGCCAUCUCAAACCAACACUGCUCUUCUUAAAGACCAGAACAUUGCACCGGAAGAGAAUGGAUCAACGCUUGGUACCAACAGCGGUUCAGCAAGUAAAUCAAGCUGGUCGGGUGAGCGUAUAACAACCGUGAUCUCCACGAUAUGUGGCACUGGUGUCGUGGCUGCUAUCGCAGUGUUCGUCGCGAUACGCAGGGGUCAGUCCAAGAAAAUUAUGGAGAUCAGAACUCCGACGGAUGACUACGCAAAUGAUGGUACGCCGACAAACUUUGGCGGUCAUGGCGCCACAUAUUACAGCGGGGGUAACCACACCGUCGACUCAUUUGCACACACGCCGCUGGCCGCAAUUGCUGUGAUCGGUUCCGACGAUGCCUUCCUCAACUCACCAUCUAGUGAAUCAAAACAUCAGUACCGAUCGUAUGCUGGUGCAGAAAGAAAUGCAUCAGAAGAUUAUUACGCGUGUACUGACAGCCAUAAAGACGUGGUAGUGCGUCCAAGCUCUACUGCCAUACAGCCCCAAUUUCUCGCAUCAAACGACCCGUCGAUCUCGGAUUUGCUAUCACCCACAUCCGAUCCAAUCUUCGACACAACCUACUCACGAGAGAGCUUUUCGUCCGACAUGAGCUCUCAGUCCGAGAGUCCGUCGGAUGAGCUAUUCCGUGAGUCGGACUUAAGCUUUGAUUCUUUUCGGGUGACAUGCGAGACAUCCCGUGGAACUGAUCACGAUUCGAACAGCUCGACACACUCCCGUAAUCGUCAAGCUUCAUCAGAUUUCAAGGAGAAUGUAGCAGGGUCGAGUGUGUCUAGCCUAGAUAGUGUUCAGUAUGAUUUUCGAGAUACGAAAGUUAGCGAGAAUAUGCGCGAGUUGGAGAUGGAAACCGGCUCGAGUCGCAUCGCCAUUUCCUUCGACAUGGACUCGUACGACUCCAAGGGCCUGUAG